GACCAGCAUCACUGUUGACACCAUGGAGGAGGAUGACUCUGAUCCUGUCCACUCAGAGAGUCUGAUAGAUGGUGCCUUUGCGCCAAAGACCACACCUGAAGAGACGACCAGCAUCACUGUUGACACCAUGGAGGAGGAUGACUCUGAUCCUGUCCACUCAGAGAGUCUGAUAGAUGGUGCCUUUGCGCCAAAGACCACACCUGAAGAGACGACCAGCAUCACUGUUGACACCAUGGAGGAGGAUGACUCUGAUCCUGUCCACUCAGAGAGUCUGAUAGAUGGUGCCUUUGCGCCAAAGACCACACCUGAAGAGAUUACAGAGUUCGAAAAUGAAACUGAGACUUUUGUACCAAAACUAAGACGGACUAAAAGUAUUCUGAUGAAAGACACAGAUCUGGAAGAUUCUGAGCUAUUUGAUUCGUCAUCAGAGAGUGCAGAUGACUACGUACCAGGUACCAAAAGUGACAGUGAUCCGGAUAGCUCAAUAGGCCCCCCUGUCUGCGAUUCUACAACACCAGACAACAUGAUUUUGGACAGUCACAACAUUACACCUGAAGCCCCCAGAGCAGUAGAAGAACCCUGUUCAAGUCAGACCAUAAACGACAGCGUCGUUGUCAGUUCAUUUAAAAAAAAAGGUGGGAAGGGUGUGUAUGACAAAAAACAUUAUUGCUUGUAUUGCAGUAAGCCUAUUUCAAAAAUUGCAAGGCAUCUAGAGCGUGCACAUGAAGAUAAAUCAGAUGUGGCUAAAGCUCUAAGCUUUCCAAAAGGUUCCAAAGAGAAAAAAAGACACCUGGAUUAUAUUGGCAACAGAGGAAACUUUGCUCACAAUGCAGCAGUUAUGGAGUACGGAAAGGGUAAACUCGUGCCACGACCGCCUAAAGGGUUGGAUGAAAUUGGAAUAGAUCCAAAUGAACCACAUACAGAGGAGACAUUUCCUCAUACCGAAAGGGAUGAAAUGCUGCCACAACCACCCAAGAGACAAAAUCCACACUCAUCAAGUGAUGAGGUACCUUCAGAAUCCUGCAGAAUGAGGCCUUCCUCAAUAGCACCACCAGCAGAGGAGUCACUUCCUCCCACUGAGAGGAAUGAAAUGCAGCCACAACCACCCAAUAAACCAAAACCAGUCAGUACGAUGAGGCCUUCCUCAAAAGGUACAACUGCCCAAAAGAAGAAAACACCCUGGAAGCAGACAGAGGUGGAGGCAGUGGAAAGCCACAUGAAUCGAUUCAUCACAUCUUGUAUUGUUCCAGCAAAGUUUGACUGUGAGAAGUGUAUAAGAGCUGAACCAGAAGCUCUUAAUGACCGGAGCUGGCAGAAUGUGAAAUUCUACAUAUAUAACCGCAUUACAGCCAACAAGAGGAAAUUUAGUUAAUAAUAGGAAGAUUACCACCUAUCUGGUAUGGCAGAUACUAACUUGGUCUACUGAAAAUGUUUAUUUACUAUGACUAAGGCAUUUAAAAAAAAUGUAUUUUAUUGUUCUGUUCUGAAGUGCCAAUAAUAGCCAACAUUUUUGUUAUUUUAAAUUCUAAAAUAUAUAUAUAUAUUUUUUUUUUUUACUAAAAGAGUUAUGUUAAAAGGAAGGAUCGGUAAAACUUGAGAUUUUAUUUGUUUACAAAAAAUCCUGUCUUUCCCUACAACUCAGAUAACUUGAAUUUUGUCUUUCAUUCGACCAAAUAUUUUGAAAGUGAUUGAAUAGCAGUAAGCUGUUGCUCUGCAGUUGGCUGUAAUUAAAAAUAUCUUACAAAUUU